GCAACGGUUCGAACGUGAGCGCGGCUGCAAAAAUCGAAGGACUCGCGUUUACUGGUGAAGUCAUUCGUAUCCGCACUCGCAAUCGAACUUCGUCGAGCAUCCGCCGUGGAUGCCGAAUGUCCUGCGGUGCACUUUCAGUCGAAUCUCGACGUUCGCCUGAAAUGGAUCAGGGGAUUCCCCAGCGGCGGCUACUGCUUCGAAUGUCAGCCAAGUAGAGCGCGAGAGUUGAACGUGAAAUCGUGGCAAAUCGUUGGCAGGAUAUAUUUUGCCGGAUAUGUCAACCUACGACGGUAUCCUCCACCCACCGCCCACCGGUGGCUUCCUCCUCCAACGAUCCGAGUGCUUCCUCAAGUGCUAGUGCUUAAGAAGAAGAUACAAAAAAAAAACGAUAAAAGGAAGAGCCGGCAGGCCAAGAGCCACAAAACAAAAUAGCCAUCCAAAAAGAAAAGAUAUAAAGCAAAAAUGUUGGCCCUGAGCUGGAUGAUGAUGAUGUCAUGCCAUUAUCCUGGCCAAAAGUGAAAGUGUUGUUGCCGCUUUUCCGGCCACGCGUGACACAUGAGCGGCUCAGUCAUGUGCCAUUAUCCCUCAAGUGAACAGCCUCGUAAUUAACUGAAAAACUCACCCAACGUGCUAUUAACUUACUGCGAAAAAAAACAUAAUUAGAAGAGAAUUAGUGAAAUUAACCAUUAAGGAUUAUAGCCAAAUAAAGGAUAUUCCCGCUGAGCUAUGGAUACGCUGAUUGCACUCAGCUCUCUGCUUCUGCUACUUCUCUCACAAAAUGCUGCAAUCCUUGGCCAGAUGGACAGAACCAGCAUCGGGGGGAGUGGCAUUGGCAUCCCGCCCUCCGCCACUCCGCCCACGCCCCCCCUCAGCCUGCUGCCGUCGACGCCAUCGCAAACGCAUUUUGUAAAUGAGUCCUUCAUCAUCUACUGCCAGACAGUACAAAAGGAUAUCGACACCAAGUGGCGUGAUCCACGCGGACAGACCCGUGAGAACACCAAGGGACGCGUCCACAUCGAGAAGAAGACGACGGGACAUCUGGCCUUAGUUUUCGAGCACAUCGCACUGGAGGACAGGGGAAACUGGACCUGCGAGGUGAACGGGAAUAGGAAUGGGAAUCGGAAUGUGAAUGUUGAACGUGAAUAUUUGGCCUCCUUCGAGCUGCUCGUAAAUCAGAAAAUCUCAUUUGGGAAGACGGAGCUGGUGCAAUCGGUGCGCGAGGGACGCGAUGCGCUGGUCAAUUGCUUUGUGGAGGGAAUGCCCGCCCCGGAAGUCUCCUGGCAUUACAAUGGCGAAUAUAUAAACACUGUAAACUCGUCGAAGCACAAUCGCCUGACCAACGGUCUGUACAUCAGGAAUGUGAGCCAGGCGGAUGCCGGGGAGUACACAUGUCGGGCCAUGCGUAUAACACCGACUUUUUCGGACUCCGAUCAAAUAACGAUAUUGCUAAGGAUACAGCAUAAGCCCCACUGGUCCUUCAACGAGACCCUACCCGUGCAGUACGCUUAUGUGGGCGGGGCCGUGAACUUAAGCUGCGAUUCGAUGGGUGAGCCGCCACCAUCCUUCACUUGGUUGCACAACGGCAAAGGCAUAGUGGGCUUCAAUCACCGCAUUUUCGUGGCCGACUAUGGGGCCACGUUGCAGCUGCAGAUGAAGAACGUCUCCCAAUUCGGGGACUACAAGUGCAAGGUGGCCAAUCCGUUGGGAAUGCUCGAGCGGGUUAUUAAACUGAGACCGGGGCCCAAACCGCUGGGUCCCACACGCUUCCAGCUAAAGAGGCUCUACACCAACGGAUUCGAGCUGGAUCUUCAGACGCCCCCGAUGACAAACGUCUCGGAUGAGAUGCAGAUCUAUGGCUACCGGGUGGCCUAUCUGAGCGAAAGCGAGUUCAAGUUCAGCGCCGGCAACUGGAGCUAUGCCAAGCAAAGGGACUUCUCUUUCCAUGGGGGCUACAAAUACAUUAUCCCCCAUCUGGAGAAAAACACAACGUAUCUGAUGAGGGCGGCCAGUCGAAAUCUCGCUGGAUUGAGUGACUGGAGUGCCGUAAAGGUCUUCACCACAGCCGCCGGAUGCAGAUGGAAUCCGUCGCUAUACCCCAUAUACGUUCUCAUCCUGGCUUUCAUCUGGACAUAGAGCUUGUCCCAUUCCAAUGACAAAUACCAAAUACCAAAUGCAAUCCCAUCCCAAAUCAUCGUUAACUGUUGCUGCUGAGUUCUCUAUUUUCUUGUAUCUUCUGUGAUAGAACUUUGUGUGUGCAAUUCACUUUAACCUAACCCAAGAAUGUUUAGAGGAGGGAAUUAUUAAACGUAAUGCUUUUUGCUAUAUAUAGACGAUAUCUGUUCAGCCUAUUGCCAAUUUUUGCUGCCAACUUUCAUUCAUCAAUCGCAUUUUUUGUACGUUUUUUAUGAGAAAAGGUUAAGGAAGUUAUUAAUGAACGAUUUUGAAGAGCGUGGAAUCCUUACGAUACAUACAAUACAUAUGCAUUGUCAACUCUACCUUAUAGUUAAUUAUGAAAUGCCCAACUCUACAUAAAUGUUGUUCAAGCUACAAAACUAAAACGAUAUACAAGUAAACACAAAACGAAACGAACC